AUGUUUGGAGGAAGCUCAAGCUGUGGGCAAGAUGCUCGAGGACCGCAGGACAUGCAUGAUGCUCGGCCGUCAAAACGGCCCCGCAAUGUCGGAGAGUCAUCGUUUCGUGACUCAGUGCAGGCUGGGCCGAUAGAGGAUCAUGGAAUGGGGUCACCAACUGAUCCAAUGGGGCGGGCAGGCAGAUCGGACGGAGGUCACAACUCCAUUGUGUCUGCUACCAUGCCCGCGAAUGCGUCUACUGCUGGGAGGGGUCGGGUAGACGAUAAAAACAAUCGCAAGCUAUCUUGCAAAGAGUGUCGUAGGUUAAAGCUCAAGUGCGACCGCGUCUUUCCUUGCCAGUCAUGCGUGAAGAGGGGCUGCGGUAGCCUCUGCCCUGAAGGUGCUCUCACAUCGGGCCGAGGCAGUCGAUUUAUUCUUGCAGGUGCCGAACAAUUACACGAGAAGAUUCAUGAAUUGGGCGAUCGGGUGCGACAGCUUGAAGAUGCACUUGAAGCUCUACAAGCAACUUGCUCAAGCCAUCCUCACCCCCUCCUUGCUCCUGAACUGCUAAAAAUUAAAACUUCACAAGAGCUCUAUGGAACCGCGCAAAAUGCCCAACCACCAACGCCACAGCAGCAACAACAACCACCUUUACCACAACCUCUUCCUCUACAACCGUCAUCAGCUGCACCUGCUGGUAAAGAUGAAAACCUCCGACUAUCUGUGGGCUCUAUACCCAUAAGAUACCAGUCCCCCGCCCCCAGACCCAACUCCCGAGGUACAGAGCUGGGUCGUCAUGGAAGGGGAUCAGCCACACCUGAAGUCCCACCUGAUAUCCUUCAACUCAGUGCCACCUUCCCCUUCCCUUGGUGUGUCGACCUCAGCAUUAGAAAGCGCAUCCGCGAUUCCCUCCCGCCCAAGGAUCAAGCACAACGCAUAUGCGAAGAAGCAAUGCGAAAUGCUCUUUGGCAGUACAACCUCGAUGCGUCUGAGACGUUCCUUCCUAAUCUUUUGCAUUAUUGUUAUUCGACGGCCAUUGAAGAUCUGAGCCCGCGCAGGCUGGCUCUUUUGCUCAUGGUUUUGUCUAUUGGCUCUUUGGUUGAUCUCAAUCAACCUCUUGGCUCCUUGCAUGGCGAAGCGUAUCACCACCUAGCCCGCGCUGCUGUUUGUGAGAUUCCUCUCAUGGAGGAGCCUGAUUUUGAUGUUCUUCAUGCCUUGUUCUUUAUGAUUUGGUAUCAUUUAAUAUUUUCAGAUAAUAAGAAAGCCGUGGGGUAUGCUUGGAACCUCAUGGGCUUUGUCGCAAAACUUGCUCAAGGGCUCGGUCUACACCGCGAUGCGCCCAGACUCAAGGGCAUCCCAGAGGAACAUGAGAAGCGUCGUGCCGUUUUCUGGGAACUUCUCAAUAUGGAUUGUCGGAUGAGCCUUUCACUUGGUCGCCCUCCGUCUAUUUGCCUGGCUCACGUCGAUGCGAAAACUCCAACAUAUGUAGGACCAGGGAUCUACGUCCCUCGCCAGGAAAUAGUUUACCACGAAUGGAAAAGCGGCUUCUUCAUAAAAUGCCUCUCCCCGAUAUUGGAGGCGAUGGUCGCAGUCAAAGCACCCCCAUACUCCCGUAUCUUAGAGCUGGACGGAUCAGUUCGGGAUUUUGAUGUUCCUACAAUGUUGGACGACAACAUCAUGCAAGACCUCACUCCGCGUUUUCUCGUUAUGCAAGGCGGACUUGUUGCCAUUGGUCGUGAACUUGGUACAUUUCGCCCUCUCGUAUGUAGCCAGGUCGAAGCUGACAGUGCGAUCUUGUUGCCAGCUCUGCUUCAACUCCAUCGAAAAUAUUUCACAGAUGCUAUGAGUGGACCAGAUGGAUUUGAUCUUGAUCACGAUUAUGGGCCUUCAGUCCUCGCCACGUAUCUCAGCGCAUCAAACUUGAUCACCGCUGUCGAAACCCUUUACAAACGGGAACAGCAGCUCACCUCCAGGUUCCUGCACUUCUGGUUCAACACGUUUUCUGCUACUGUUACGCUUUCUUUGCUGAUUUCACGGGCGCCUUCGAUUCCACUGGCAAGUUAUGCACUGAAAGAUAUGGAGAGAGCGUGUCAGUUGUUCAGGAAGGCUGCUACAAUAUUACCAUUUAGCGGGAAAGCACUUCCUGUGAUGCAGAAGCUCGCUGACAAGUCGCGCAGGACACUUCUCCAGCCCCUUGGCAAUCAAUCCUUGACUAAGAAGAACAGCAAUAUGCGAUAUAGUCAACCACAAGCGCGUAUACCGCCCUCAUUUACCAACGCACAUCCCGGCCUUUCUGAAUAUGCUGAAAAACUCAUUGAAUGUGCCAAAACUUCUGCUUCACUGUACCCCUCCGCUCCCCAGCAAGAUUCAUGGGAGCAACAGCCAGCGUUGAACAUCACCCCUGGAGAAUCGUGGAUGCCUGACAUCUACGACUACUCGUCACUGGGCUUCGGAUUAGAUGAUAGAUACGCCAUCGCUACAUCACAGCCGACACCCUUCACCCCUUCAUCGCCACGGAUAGCGGAGAACAAAGAUUACAACUUUGACCACGGCGCGCUGACACCGAGUUUGGUGGAUGAGACGAGUUACAUGGCCUGGUUCUAG